AUGCGUGCGGACACUAGCCGCGGAGAGCGGCGCAGGAAGCGUGCUGCGAACGUGGAGGUAGAAGCGGCGGAGCGGCCGGAGAAGCUCGCCCGGCGCGAGACCGAGGUAGAAAUGGCGCAGGGGGCGGGGAACGGCGCGGCGGAGGCGCGCAUGCUCGGAACAAAGGGGGAGAUAGAACGUAGUGAGUACAUUCGGCUGCUGCAACAGGCUCUGAAGGAUAUAGGGUACGAGGAGAUCGCCGAGCAGCUGCAGAAACAGUCCGGGAUCGCCUGUGAAGCGGACCAGGUACCGGUCCUGCGCAAGGCGAUUCAGUCCGGGGACUGGGCCGCGGCCACCGGGGCCCUCGAUGGUCUUAGUUUCGCCUCCGAGACCGACCGCACGGACGCGCGUUUCUGGAUACUCGAACGGUCCGUGGUAGAACUCAUCGAAGACGGCAAGACGGACCAGGCGCUCGAGACGAUCCGCAAGCAGGUCGCGCCGCUCGGCGUGCACUCGGAGCGCGUGCACGACAUGGCGGCCUCCCUGCUGCUCCCCGGCAUCGCCGCGCUUGGCACCUCCGGCGCCGAAACGGACGCCGCGGCCAACGGCCACGACUCCAGCGACCCCAGCCGCCACGAUGCUCGCAAGCUCCUGCUCUCCCGCAUCGAGAGCAUCAUGCUGCCCAGCAUGAUGGUCCCCGAGCGCCGCCUGGAGACGCUCCUCGAGCAGGCGCUCAGCUGGCAGGCGGAGCGCUGCGUGUACCUCAACACCUCAGGCCCGCGCGGACUGAUGAGAGAUGCGGACGCGACGCGUGACCAGCUGCCCGGACGGCUCGUCCAGGUCCUCGAGAACCACGCCGACGAAGUCUGGCACGUCGCGUUCUCCCCCGACGGCGCCCUGCUCGCCGCGGCCUGCCGGGACGGCAGCGUGAGUGUGUACGAUGUGGAUCCGGUCGCGCAGUCGGCGGCGCUGCGGACGACGCUGAGCGGCAGGGACGCGGCGACGGCGCUCACCGCUGCGCAGGACGCGGGCGCUACGAGCGGCCACGGGGACGCGGCGGCCCGCAACGGCAACGUGUCGCCGGCGGUGGGCAUGGUGGCAUGGCAGCCGCCGCCGCGCGGGGGCGGGUGGCACGAGGGGCAGUCGUGCCGGCACGUGCUCCUCACGCACGCGCUGAACGGCCGCGUGACGAUCUGGGACGCGGAGACGGGGACCGUCAUCCGCGCGUUCGACAGCCGCGCGGAGCUGCGGGUGGAAAACACCCCCGGGGGGAGUGAGCCGCAGGGGGUGUCGACGUGGCACCCGUCCGGCCAGUCCUUCAUCUCCUCGUCCGGCCGCACCGUCGGCUGGUUCCGCCUCUCGACGUUCCUGCAGCGCUACCCGUCGCCCGACGUGCACCGCAUCGUGCCGCCGGCAAUAUCGCUGCACCGCGCGAGCCGGCCGGUGAACGACGUGGCCGCGAUCCCCGGCACGGACCGCAUCGUGAUGGUCAUGGGCGACCGGCGCCUCGGCAUCAUGGACCUCGUCAGCGGCGCCGAAUCGCACAUCACCCUCUCGGAGCCGCCGACGUCGUGCAUCGUGUCGAGCGACGCGCGGCGGGUGCUGGCGUCGACGAACAACGCGAAGCUGCUCGCGUGGGAGCUCGACGCGAACGCCGCGACCGUGGAGGACUGUUUGGCGGUCGAGCCGGCCCAGGAAUUCAACGGACAACCAGAUAGGAAAGUGAGGUUCGUGGUGCGGUCUUGUUUCGGGGGCCUGGAGGAGGCGUUCGUGGCGGCGGGGUGCGAGGACUCGCAGGUGUACGUGUGGCACGCGUCCACGGGGCGGCUGCUGUCGGUGCUGCCGGGGCACUCGGGCACGGUCAACGCGGUGGCGUGGUCGCCAACGGCGCUGCAUCUCAUGGCGUCGGCGUCGGACGACCGGUCCGUGCACCUCUGGGGCGUGCCGCCGGCGCUCCUCGACCACGGCGCGUGA